GAUUUAUAUUAAUAUUUAAGUGAUAUAAUUUCAUUACCUACUUUUAAAUAUGAAUAAAAAAGAAGCAAGCAUAGUUACAAGGAAACGAUCACAACCUAAUACAAGCCCAAUCAGAAGACUUUAUUCUGUUGUGACAAUCAUUGUAGACGGAAAAUUAAAUAAAAUGACUGUACCUGUCCAUUGGGUAAAUGAACUCAAAAAUGUUGUAUAUUGGCCUCUGAAGGCCAAAAAAAAAAUAAACUACUAUAUUUUAAACUGGCUUUCACCUGAUAAAGACAGCUGGGAAGAAUAUACACUGAUAAAAAUAAAUCUUGACAAUGGAACAAAAGAGAUGUGCGAUGCAUGCAUGAAAUUUGAUUCAGAGUGUUCAAAUUCUGAUUUUCAAGAAAAAGAAUGUAGUAGUGCAACAUAUGAUAAUCAAUUGCACAUAAGAGAUGGAAGUCCUGAUAUUACUGUGCAAAAGGUUACUGAAUCGUCUUUAUUUUCUUCAAGAUUUUUUGUACCCCCUAAAAAGGAUCCUAAGAUAGUAUCUACUCGGAAAUAUCAAGAAGAUGAUAUUUCGAAUUUAGAGGAGGAUUUUGAAUUUCAAUCUACUUUUUUAUCUGCAUCAAAUCAACAUGUUUCGUUUUUGCAACAAGUUCAAAAAGACACUCCAAGAGGAAUUGCAGGAACUUAUUGUUAUGAUGAACCACCUGCAAGUUUUAAAGCCAUGGAUAAAAGACGUUUUCAAUAUGCAAUAUUUAUGGAGUUAGCAACCAUAAAAUCUGAAAUAAAAAUUUGCUUGUCUGGAUUGGAAAAGCUGAGAAGAAGGACAGAGCGAGAAGAUUUGUUAUGUUUUAUGGAUAAAUGCAAGAAUAUAAUAGAAUUUGAUGAAAGAGAAAUAAUUAUUAAGUAAUAACGAAAAGUUUCGUUUGAUGGUCCGUCAACUUAAACAAAUAGGUGGAAGUUCAAUAUCAGCGUCAGUUAAUAAGGUUUUGGACGAAACUAUGACAAAAAGUGUCCAAGCUUUGUUUAACAAAGCAGGAAGAUAUGGAAAAAGAUCGUUUCAAAAAACAUUAUUGUAUAAAGAAUUAUAGAAACAUUGGUGUCACAUUCGACAAAAUUUGAUUUGGUCGAUAUGUUAAUUGGCGAUCAUUUGAAGAGAGCUCCUGAUAGAUUAACUUAACAAAUUAUUUUAUUUCUUUUAUGUAUAUUUACUUAAUAAAUGAAAACAAAAUAAUUAAACUUU